GUCAAUAUUUUUCUUUAAAUGUCAAAUUUGUUAUGUAAACAAUGCCGCUUAUACAGAAUUUAACUCGAAAUUUGCUCAUAAAAUGUAACCCUAAAAUGACCAUAGCUCGUCUAGCUAUUAAUGCGACAGUUAAGCCUUUAAAAGACAUUAAAUCAGAAUUGGUUAUUACUGACAAGUGUGUGGAGAGGUUAAAAAAGGUCACCGAUCAAGAAUCUUUCUUAAGAAUCACGGUUGAGGGUGGAGGAUGUUCUGGAUUCCAAUACAAAUUCGAUUUAGAUUCGAAAUUAAAAGACGACGAUAGAGUUUUUGAAAAAAAUGGAACUCGUGUUGUGAUAGAUGACCUUUCUUUAGAUUAUGUUAAAGGUUCAACUGUAGAUUAUCAAGAGGAACUUAUUAGAUCUUCCUUUAAAAUUGUUAAUAAUCCGUUAGCUGAGCAAGGUUGUUCUUGUGGUGCAUCUUUCGCUAUUAGAUUAGAUUAAAAAAUUUUAAGAGUU